UCAGCCAAGUUCGGCUUACUUCCUAUUCUGUUUGGUUACCUGCGGUGUGUGGGGCACGAAACCAGCCUGGCGCAGUGUCAACACUCGGGGCUCUACAGACACGACUGUGAACACAGGGAGGAUGUCGGCGUCGUGUGCAACUUCUCUCAACAGUUAAGAGCUCGUGUGGUCAAUGGCACAGCGGAGGCGGGACGUCUGGAAAUAUUUUACGAUCGAGCUUGGAACACAGUGUGUGAUGACAAUUUCGGAAAGAAAGAAGCUUUGGUAGCCUGCAGAAUGUUAGGAUUCAACAGUACAACAGCAGUAGCUGUGGGGUCAGCCAAGUACGGAGCAGGCUCUGGUCCUAUUCUGUUCAGUCACCUUCAGUGUGUGGGGAAUGAAACCAGCCUGGCGCAGUGUCAACACUCGGGGCUCUACAGACACAACUGUGGACACUGGGAGGAUGUCGGCGUCGCGUGCAACAUUACUGACCAGAUGACAGCGCGUCUGUCUGGCGGGACUUCACAGGCAGGACGUCUAGAGAUAUUUUUCACCGGAGAAUGGAGCACAGUGUGUGUCAAGCAAUUUGGACAGGAAGAGGCUGAGGUAGCUUGCAGGAUGCUAGGAUUCCAAAGCAGCGGAGCAGUAGCUGUCAGCCCCCUUAGAUAUGGACAAGGUUCAGGCCACAUUCUGCUUAAUAUGGUGAUCUGCCAUGGAACAGAAACCAGUCUAGAACAAUGUCGGCAUGACAUCCUGUACACCAUUGACUGUGAUCACUCAGAGGACGUAGGCGUCGUCUGUAACAUCACUGAGCAGAUGUCAGCUCGUGUACUUAACGGAACGUCAGAUGCAGGACGUCUAGAGAUAUUUUUUAACAGAGAAUGGAGCACGGUGUGUAACAGAGGAUUUGGACAAAGAGAGGCGAGGGCAGCCUGCAAGAUGCUGGGAUUCCACAGCAACGAAGCUGUGGCUGUAAGUUCAGCGAGAUACGGACAAGGGUCAGACCACAUUCUCCUUCAAGACGUGGUGUGUAAAGGACAUGAGACCAGUCUGGAAGAGUGUCAACACAAUGUGUUAUACGGCGGCAGCUGUUCUCAUUCUGAGGAUAUCGGUAUCAUCUGCAAUAUUAGUGAGCCGAUGACUGCACGUCUGGUUAACGGGACGUCAGAAGCUGGGCGUCUUGAGAUCUUUUUCAACCGAGAAUGGAGCACAGUGUGUGGUGUGAGAUUUGGAAAGAGUGAGGCUCGGGUGUCCUGCAGAAUGCUAGGAUUUAACAGCAAUGAAGCUGUUGCUGUAAGUUCAGCGAGAUACGGACAAGGGUCAGACCACAUUCUCCUUCAAGACGUGGUGUGUAAAGGGAAUGAAACCAGUCUGGAAGAGUGCCAACACAGUGUGUUAUACGGCGGCAACUGUUCUCAUUCUGAAGAUAUUGGUAUCAUCUGUAAUAUCAGUGAGCCGAUGACUGCACGUCUGGUUAACGGGACGUCAGAAGCUGGGCGUCUUGAGAUCUUUUUCAACCGAGAAUGGAGCACAGUGUGUGGUGUGAGAUUUGGAAAGAGUGAGGCUCGGGUGUCCUGCAGAAUGCUAGGAUUUAACAGCACCGGCGCAGUAGCUGUGAGUUCAGACAGAUAUGGUCAAGGAACAGGGUACAUUCUUGACGCUGGCCGUUGUAAUGGAACGGAAGACAGUCUAGUACAUUGCAACCAUCAGGGUUUCUAUACCAGCGACUGUGACUACUUGAAGGAUGUCGGCGUCAUCUGUAACAUCAAUCGUGACAAGAUACGUUUAACUGGAAUGCCUCGUGCUAAACUCAACAUGGGUCGUGUGGAGAUGAAGGUUGGCAGUGAGUGGCAAACAGUGUGUGUCUCCGACGACAUGACUGCCAGAGUUAUCUGCCGAGAGCUCGGAUUUUCAAGAAGCACAGGAGUGUUAUUGGAAGGAUGGCCACCCGGAGCAAGACAGAAUGCUUUACUGAUGAAAUUUGCAUGUAGUGGCGAUGAGAGCAGUGUCUUUGACUGCAACCAGAGAUCAUUCGGAAUAGAAAAUGUCUGUAAAAACUCGGACGUUGACUGCAGUGAAUCACCUUCUGUUUAUAUUAUGCCCGACAAAGAAACGUACCCGAUGACGGAGGGAAAAAAUAUAGUUCUAAAAUGUUGGAUCUUAUACAAAUAUCAACCAGCGAAUGAAUAUACCUGGACAGAGACAGCAAAUGGUCAACCGUCUGGUGCCGAUCUAAUUUUUGACAAUCUGACCAGAAGCCACAAUGGACGCCGUGUGAAAUGCACGGCCAGCUUUACAGUCGAUGGUCAAAAUAUUCGCGUGUCCAGUGAGGCGCUGGUACUGCAGGUGUAUUAUAAACCUCUCAUAAGAGUAACUCGCACUGACAGCGUGACAACAUCACAGCAGAAUUAUAUGGAUCCUUCAAAAAUAACACCAGGAGCAAAUAUUAUACUUUGGUGUGAAGCUGACAGCAAUCCCCCUCCUGAGUCCAUCACGUGGUCUGGUAGAGUAAACAGUACUACUGGACAAUUACAGAUCACAGCCGCGAAUCAUAGGAGACACACUGGUGUCUACACCUGUACAGUGGUCACUAAAACAACUGAUGAGGAAGAAGAACCUUUUUCACUGAAGUCGUCCUAUGAGAUGACAGUCGUCGUUGAAGGUUGUUAAAAAUUCACUUCCUAAGCAAAAUAUUCUGUCAGUAAACUAUAUUUUGUUUCUUUGCACUGUAUAUCUUAGUUUUAGUGAAAACAAAAACAAA